AUGGGUCUCCAAUCCUCUGUAAGAGUCAAGAGGCUUUGGAAUGUUCUUAAGGCGACGCUUAUCCUAAUGGCAAGAAAGGGUCUGAUCUCAAAGAGAAGGUUCAUCAUGGACAUGAAUUUAAUGGUGAAGAGAGGGAAGGUGUUCAGAAAAUCUAUGACCAAUUACUUCAUGUUCCAUCACCACCACCACCACUCCGGUGGAAGAGAUAUGACACGUGGCAGUUUCGACAUACAGGACUAUGAAUUCCCUUGGAGCAACACUCCCAUUAAUCCUGUUUUUUCCCACAUGUCAAAGCGCAGUACCAAAUACCAGACUUACUUCCCCUGUAUCAACAUUCCUGUGGAGAUAAAGCAACAAGAAAAGAAAGAAGAGGAAGAAGAUUCAUACCCAGAAGCCGAGGCGGCCUGUACUGAUGCUUGUAGCUAUGCUUUGAGUCCUGCAAUGGUGGAGGGAAGCCCACUCGUUACCCCAUUUAACGUACGGAUAUCAAACUAUUCAUCUGAGGAAGAAAAUGAUAUUACCUGUGAAAGUGGACAAGUGGAUAAUCAGGCUGAGGAGUUCAUCAGAAGGUUCUAUGAACAGCUGAAGAUGCAACGAAGCCUGCAACUACUGCAAUAUAACUAA